AUGUGGGCAUUUUUAGUGAUCAACAUGCACAUGCUGAUGUAUUUCAUAUUGUUGGAUUGCUACUUUUCUUCUGCCGUGUCCACCCCUCUUUUGUCCUCCACCUGCCAGUUACUGGAUCAGUUUCAUCUAAAUGGGAUGCACAAGGCUGGAGAUGUUGUUCUUGGUGGGCUGUUUCAAGUCCACUUUUUUUCUGUCUUUCCAGACCUGUCUUUUACCUCAGAACCACAACCACCUACCUGCCAUGGUUUUGAUGUUGUAGGAUUCAGGCGGGCCCAGACCAUGGCCUUUGCUAUUGAUGAGAUCAACAGAAACUCCAACCUGCUGACUAAUGUGACUCUGGGAUACAGUCUUUAUGAUCACUGUGUAAAACUAGGAAUUGGAUUCAGUGCAGCACUGUCAUUAGCCAGUGGUCAAGAGGAGCAGUUUAUAGCAGACAACACCUGUGUAGGAACCCCUCCAGUCAUUGGGAUUGUGGGUGAUUCUUCCUCAACACAUUGUAUUGCCAUCUCCACUGUCUUAGGUUUGUACAGAGUGCCUAUGGUCAGUUAUUUUGCCACAUGUUCCUGCCUGAGUGACCGGCAAAAGUUUCCAUCCUUCUUUAGGACAAUCCCAAGUGAUGCUUUCCAGGUGCGUGCCAUGAUUCAGAUUCUGAACCGCUUUGGCUGGACUUGGGCAGGUCUGCUGGUCAGUGAUGAUGACUAUGGACUCCAUGCUGCCCGAUCCUUCCAGUCUGACCUGGCUCAGUCUGGUGAAGGUUGUCUGGCUUACUCAGAGGUUUUGCCUUGGGACAACGAUCCAUCUGAACUCAGGAGGAUUGUGGAUGUGAUGAAGAAAUCCAAAGCACAUGUGGUCAUUGUGUUUGCACAUGAGAGUUACAUGAUUCAUCUCAUGGAAGAGGUGGUGAGGCAAAAUGUGACAGGCCUGCAAUGGAUGGCCAGUGAAGCCUGGACAGCAGCUACUGUGCUCCAGACCCCCCAUCUCAUGCCAUACCUGGGUGGGACACUGGGCAUCGCCAUCCGUCGAGGAGAAAUACCAGGGCUCAGGGAAUUCCUCCUACAAAUAUGUCCUGACCAACACCACAACAACAGCUAUGGAAAUAGCAUGGUAAACCAGUUUUGGGAACACACAUUUCAGUGCAGAUUUGCACCGCCUCCAACAGGUUGGGUGGAAGCUGGUGGAUCCUUAUGCACUGGACAGGAAGAUCUGGAGGAUGUGGAGACAGAGUUAUUGGACAUUUCAAACCUCAGGCCAGAGUAUAAUAUCUACAAGGCUGUGUAUGCUCUGGCGUAUGCCCUUGAUGACAUGCUGAAGUGUGAGCCAGGGAGAGGGCCUUUCAGCGGGCACAGCUGUGGCAAUCUGAAAAGACUGGAGUCAUGGCAGCUUGUGUAUUACUUGGAUAGGAUCAACUUCACAACACCAUUUGGUGAUCAAGUGUCAUUUGAUGAGAACGGUGAUGUCUUACCAAUAUAUGAUAUCAUGAACUGGCUGUGGCUCCCUGAUGGAAGAACCGAAGUUCAGAAUGUGGGUGAGGUGAAGAGGUCGGCCUUCAAAGGUGAAGAACUCACAAUUGAUGAAGACAAAAUCUUUUGGAACUUCGAAACAAACAAGCCGACCCGGUCAGUGUGCAGUGACAGCUGCCCUCUAGGUACCCGCAUGGCCAGAAAGAAAGGGGAACCUGAGUGCUGUUUCGAUUGCAUCCCUUGUUCUGAAGGAAAGAUCAGCAAUAAAACUGACUCCACUGAGUGCACCAGUUGUCCAGAGGACUUCUGGUCCAGCCCCCAGCGUGACCACUGUGUUCUAAAGAAAACAGAGUUCCUCUCCUACCAUGAGCCUCUGGGUAUCUGCUUGACUGCUGCAUCAUUGCUGGGCACAUGUAUCUGUGCUGUUGUCCUAGGGAUCUUUAUCUAUCAUCGCAGAACACCUAUCGUACGAGCCAACAACUCAGAACUUAGUUUCCAACUAUUGCUGUCACUUAAGUUGUGCUUCCUGUGUUCACUGCUGUUUAUCGGCCGUCCCAGUCUGUGGACAUGCCAGCUGAGACAUGUAGCAUUUGGGAUCAGCUUUGUGCUUUGUGUCUCUUGCAUCCUCGUGAAAACCAUGGUGGUUCUGGCUGUGUUCAAGGCCUCCAAGCCAGGAGGUGGAGCCAGUCUGAAGUGGUUUGGUGUUUUGCAGCAGAGGGGGACAGUUAUUGUUCUUACGUCUAUUCAGGCAGUAAUCUGCACUGUCUGGAUUGUCUCUGCCUCACCAGCUCCUCAAAAAAACACUCAAUACCACAAUGAUAAAAUAGUUUAUGAAUGUGUAGUUGGGUCCACAGUUGGUUUUGCAGUGUUACUUGGUUAUAUUGGCUCACUUGCUGUCAUCAGUUUUCUGAUUGCAUUUAUAUCAAGGAAUCUUCCAGACAGUUUCAAUGAGGCCAAACUCAUCACUUUCAGCAUGCUGAUCUUCUGUGCUGUGUGGGUGGCCUUUGUCCCAGCUUAUAUCAGCUCACCAGGCAAAUACUCAGAUGCAGUGGAGGUGUUUGCCAUCCUGGCCUCCAGUUUUGGUCUCUUGGUGGCACUGUUUGGACCCAAAUGUUACAUAAUCCUGCUGAGACCAGAGAGGAACACAAAGAAAGCGAUCAUGGGUCGGGACAUCCAGUCAUAA